AUGCUAGAGGAUCUCCCAAGCUCACCUGCAGGGUUCGCAUCUUUUUCGUCGAAGAGUGAUGCUGCCUCCGAUAUUAGAAAACCUCUCAGCUGUCUCAAUGGUAACGCUCCAGCAUUCAAUCCAUACUUUCAGCAUCAAUUUCAAGAACAGUCUCCAAUGGCUUCGUACCUUGUUUCACCAUUGUCGAAACUUCGACUGGACGAAGGAGUUGAUAUAGACACCUCCGUUGUAGAUGCUCGCAGCCGCGCACUUUUACCAAGCUGGGUUUUGGAUAGCCAGGGU